CAAUACAAUCGCCUUCCCAAAACAGUUCAUCUCGAACAAAAAUACAAGGACGACGCGUCUUUUGGCUGAAAUUUUAAUUUCUGAAACGGUUCUCACUAUACAUUCUACGAUCAAUCACCUAGCGCGCGUCAACCGUCAGCGCGUGUGAGCCUACGCCGGCCCGGCCGCAAAUAUGCCACCACGACGGGCGGGACCACGAGUUGCGCCAAGCUCUCACGAGGAGCCCGGCGAGGAGCUUACUCCCCCAUUCUUCAACACUACCUUUUCAACACACCGCGUCUCGCCACUAUUCGUCGGUGCCGAGGGCCUGACGAGCGCACGACUGCAGCAUCUCGCACGGCGGCUACGCGACACGCUCGUGGGCGACGUCGUGCGUGGCAUCCAAGUUGGACUUGAGGCGGCCGAUACGCCUAUGGGACAAGUCGGCGCCCUCAGGGCGGUGUCGAUUCGUUGGUUCCAAGCGCAUGGACUCCUUGGUGACGCGACAGCUGGGGACGAGUUGGAACGAGACGAUUCAUGGAGUAGACUGUCGGAGGAACAGAGACGAGGUCUUUGGGUCGAAAUCCGACACGAGAAUGCAACGUAUGUGGCGAUACUGCUGCCAGCUUUCUCAACAAGCCAGGAGGCGCCAAAGUCAUUUCCUUGGGACGCCGAGAUGGGUGCCAGAGCUGCUGGGCAGGCCGACGACUCUCACUUCGUCUCACUCCCGCUGCUCCUUCUACGAAUGCCGCAAGCAUUGAAGGCUGUCAUCAGCGAGUGGCUGUCCACUGUCUUCGAUUGCCGCGUGAGCAAGUUGGUUUUGGGAACCAAGACGCUCGUCAGCGUCUGGGAGGGCUGGAUCAAGACUGGGGGCAUCCCCAGCAAGGGACCAGACUUUGUGUUGACUCUGUCCUUCCAUGCCCCUAUCUCAGACUCCCGGAAUGCCAUAGCGGACUCCGAUGAUGAGGCCAACUCGAAAGAGGAGUCUGGAUUGAGAGCUUUGGAGAUAACGAUAUCUCCGUCAGACCUGCGACGCUUCGUCCGCGCCGGAGAAGAAGACGGAUCGCACCAAUCCUCCACUACGGAUACCUGGUCUAGCGACGCCCGCGAACGUCGGAGGCUCGUGGGGGGAAACGCCGAUGAUGGAUGGGCCUGGCGCUCGAGCGAUCAUCCUCCCGAUCAGCCCUUUACGGAGGCACUCGCAAGAUACCUGGACCACCAUCUGGCACUGAACCUGUUCCAUCCAGGCGUACGUGUCGUGCAAAUAUCCUGCGGAUCGUUUGUGCUGGCACAGUCCAAGCUCAAGGUCGUGAAGCUGGGAGACGUGACGGCGGACCUGGCGCGUGCGGCGUGGAUGUUUGUGACGCAGCUGGGCGCGAGACUGCAAGACGACGUCCUAGCGACCGUCAAGUGAGCCGGAGCUGGUAGCAAAGCGACACUCGCGGACAACCCGGAGAGGCGAAAGUGAGCCAGUCGUGCUACUGCGCUGCCAGUCUUGGUGGCUGAGUGCCGGACACGGAGGCAGCGGGGUUGGCGGCACAUUGCUCAAACGUCGCGGUUGCACACGCCUCCUUAUGGUGGCCGUUCGUUUUCUGGACAGGGCCUGACACGCAUGGCUAGUGGCACAACCCAACCGACACAAUGCUUGAGCCUCCCACCAGCCAGAAUGCGCCUCAACCGCCGCGAUUUGUGGAAGAGCGAUCGCUUGCGCGGGGGCAGCAUCGACUACGACCUCAAACACGAUGUAUGGGCACAUGACCAAGCCGUCGGGCUAUACCUUGCCCACCACCAACAUCUUCGAUCCAAGCGCAGACCGCCUCAGUUUCAAGGCGAGCGGGGGAGAAAACAACCAGCGUCUUGGAGACGACAUCGUGAGCUCGCUUGAAGCCACGUGGUAGGCACAUCCGGCGACCUCGCUGUCACGUAAGUCGACAGAUGGAUGGACAUGAUGCAGAUUGUUCAAGCGGUCAGCAUUGGCUAGCAUCCAUGCAGUCAUGUCCAGCAUGUGCUAGCGCAGGGCCGGGACGAUCCCGAAAAGGCUGUUGUAAUAAGGGAUCUGUCGACUGACGGCUCGGAAAGCAUCCAUUCAUGGCAGCCAGCCAACAAAGGGCAUCGACCGCGUGGUUCUCUGCAUGUUGGAGACCCCGCACGGUGGCGUGUGUCGGUGUAAGUGGGAUUUUGAAGGAGGUGCCGUGCUGGAAAUAGAAGUUGCCUUUCCAUUAGACAUCGAAACCCCACGGUACCGACAUCGGGGGUGCAGGUGCCCGUGCUCAGUGCGUGCCCCAAGGACGCAUUUACAGCCAUUCUCACGAUGCCGAACUUUGUGACAUUGGCCACGGAAACCAUUGGGGCCCCAUGUCUCACGAAACAAUGUAUACUCAUCUUAUCUUGCCAGCUGUCAGACGUCAAGCGAAUGUUUGCCAACUCAUCCGGCGAGAACACAGCACAACACGCCAGGCACGACACCUGCCGCUUGCGGCCCGUUGGGGUGGAUGGUACCAGACUAAACUCUCACACGUCUCAACUGGAGGGGGGGAGGGGGGAACAAUUCCCUUGACUAACAUGUCGGCCCCGAAGGGGCAAGAAUGCAUCCACGAACCCACUUUUGCCCGGGCCUGGCGGUGCCUCCGGCACGCGUGGCCCUGAAAUCAAUCAAUUACCGGCUCGUGUCGGCAUCCGACGGGCCACGGCGUCGGUGGAGAUGGGACUCGGGAUGGGCGGCGGCGCUGGUCCCCCGCUGCAGAGUUUGGUCUGGCCACCGAUCCGGGCGGCGUGGCUGCUCGACGCUGGUGGUGGUGGUGGUGGUCACUGGUGG